UUCACAAAGGUUAUAAAUGGGUUCCAUUUGAGUUAGUUCUUUCAUAAAUUUUUAUGCAAAACAAUAGCAAGUAAGAUGACUGACAAGGUGGUUGUGCCCAUUGUCUAUAAGGUAGCAGGUCGAACUCGAGCUACUCAUGUGUUUCUGCUGCUUAUGUUAACCCAAUUGUUUGUUAUGGCAGCAGAGGCAAAUACUCAGGACUUUUCUGCUCUGAUGUUUCUAAUGCAAGAGUGGGGCAUUAGACCUCCCAGUUGGGUUGGUUCAGAUCCUUGUGCUGAGGGCUGGGAAGGUAUUGGGUGCUCCAAUUCACGUGUUACCUCCAUAAUGUUGGCAAACAGGGGUUUGACAGGUCAGCUACCUAGCGCAAUCCAGUUGUUAUCCGAGCUAGAGAUUCUGAAUCUGUCUUUGAACAAGGGCCUGACAGGACCACUUCCAACAUCACUUGGAAAUUUGACGAAACUAGUAUACUUAGUCCUGGCUGGUUGCAGUUUCUCUAGUGCUAUUCCAGGCACAAUAGGAUCUCUAGAGCAGCUAUUUUAUCUAGAUCUGAAUAGCAAUAGAUUGAGUGACCAGAUUCCGCCUUCCAUUGGUAGUCUGUCCAAUCUAAACUAUCUGGACCUAACUGGAAACAAACUUAAUGGAUACAUCCCAGUCUCUAGUGGGACUACACCUGGUCUUGAUAUGCUACAUAAUGCAGAACACUUUCAUUUAGGAGGGAAUCAGCUCUCAGGCAAAGUUCCACCUGAACUUUUCACAUCGAAGAUGGUUCUGAAACACUUGAUUUUGGACAACAAUAAUCUGACUGGCACAAUCCCUUCUACAAUUGGAAAUGUGCAGACUCUGCUGACAGUACGCCUUGACCGGAAUUCAUUAAGUGGGCAUGUGCCUUCUAGCCUCAACAAUCUUUCAAACAUGGCCGAAUUGCACUUGUCCAACAAUAAGCUGACUGGCCCCAUGCCCAACCUUACUGGCAUGGAUCUCCUCUACUAUGUGGAUAUGAGCAAUAAUACUUUUGAUGUGUCAGAUGUCCCUGAUUGGUUUUCAACCUUACAGUCUUUGACAACAUUAAUGAUGGAAAACACAAGACUUCAAGGAAAAGUUCCCCAAGCGCUAUUCAGCUUUUCCAACUUACAGACAGUGGUACUAAGGAACAACCAUCUCAAUGGCUUAUUGGAUAUUGGAACCAUUUAUAGCGACCAAUUGCAACUAAUUGAUUUGGAGAACAACUUAAUUCUUUAUCUUACACAAAGUGGAGGGUCCAAUUAUACACUCAUACUUCUUGGUAAUCCAAUUUGUGACAAGACAAACAAGGAAAAGAAAUACUGCAUUGUCUCUCAAUCAGAUUCCUCAUAUUCGAUGCCACCAAGUAACUGCGCACCUGUUGCCUGUAGCUCAAGUGAAGUUUUAAGCCCCAAUUGUAAAUGUGCACAUCCCUUGAAAGCAACUCUAGUCGUCUUAUUUGUUUCCUUCUCAAACUUAGGAAACUUUAGUUAUUACACAGCUCUGCAGGCCUCUCUUAUGCAAUCUUUUCAUUCCUACAACCUUCCUGUGGACUCCGUUUCUGUGAGUUAUCCUACCUGGAGCUCAUCUUAUUAUCUUCAACUGAUGCUAGAAGUUUUCCCAUCUGGUGAAGAUCGCUUUAACGAAACAGGAGCUUCAGCUCUUGCAUCUGUGCUUAGCAACCAAACUCUCCCACGUCCAGACUAUUUUGGACCCUACAUUGUUGUAUUCUAUUAUGGAAAAUCUGGAGGAUCAAAUAAGGCCUUGGUAAUCGGUGCAGCAGUUGGUGGUUCUGCACUUCUAAUAUUAGUAGCCCUAGUAGGCGUUUAUGCUUUCCAACACAAAAGGAAAGCAAAUGAGCCAUGGAGCAGAUCAAUUUCUUUGGGAAGAUGCCCAUUCAUAACUCAAAAAAAGCAAACUUGGAAUUCAAAUAUCAGUGGCCCUCAGUUAAAAGGAGCAAGGUUGUUCUCUUUUGAAGAGCUUAUGAAGUACACCAACCAUUUUUCGGAGGCAAAUGAUAUUGGAUCUGGAGGUUAUGGCAAGGUAUAUCUGGGAAUUCUUCCGACAGGCCAAAUGGUUGCCAUUAAAAGAGCUAAAAGGGAAUCUAUGCAGGGUGGGAUUGAGUUCAAAGCUGAGGUUGAGCUUCUAUCAAGAGUACAUCAUAAGAAUCUUGUCAGCCUUGUUGGUUUUUGUUUGGAGCAAGAUGAACAAAUGUUGGUAUAUGAGUAUGCUCCCAAUGGAAAUUUGCGGGAUAGUCUUUCAGGAAAGUCGGGAGUGUGGUUAGACUGGAAGAGGAGACUUAAAGUAGCUCUUGGUGCAGCAAGAGGUCUGGCAUAUCUUCAUGAACAUGCAAACCCUUCCAUUAUACACCGGGACAUUAAACCAAACAACAUCCUGCUUGAUAAAGAUUUAAAUGCAAAAGUUGCUGACUUUGGCCUCUCCAAGUCAAUGGUCGAUAGUGGAACGCAUCACGUGACUACUCAAGUUAGAGGGACAAUGGGCUACUUGGAUCCUGAAUAUUACAUGACUCAACAGUUGACUGAGAAGAGUGAUGUUUAUAGUUUUGGUGUGGUGAUGUUGGAGUUGAUAACUGCUAGACGGCCAAUAGAGCGAGGCAAGUAUAUAGUGAGAGUAGUUCAGAUGGCAAUGGAUAAGACAAAAGAUUUGUACAACCUUCAGAAAAUUCUUGACCCAGCCAUUGGUUUGGGAAGAGAGCUGAAAGGUUUGGAAAACUUUGUUGAUUUGGCAAUGUUGUGUUUAGAAGACUUGCAAGCUAAAAGACCUAGAAUGGGGGAAGUGGUGAAAGAGAUCGAGAACAUAAUACAGCUUGCUGCUUUGAACACCAGUGAUAUUUCAGCAUCAACUUCAGGGAGUUCUGAGGAUGUGAAUAAGGACCUACAAAGAUAGAGGCACUGAUAUGAUAUGCAUUUAGAAUAAUGUUGAAAUGGUACGGUUUGGAUUGCUCUGUGAAUAUCAGUUACUUUGGUUAGGUGAAUUUUCUGAUGUUUGCAGUGACUCCGGCAUCAACUUAUAUAUGUAUAUAUGUAUCUUUUAGGUUGGUCAGUGUGACUCCGUCAAGAUCUACAUGCGAGAUAUCCUAAUGUUCAU